CGGGGAGAAGGAAGCGUAGAGAUAUACAGACGAAGAGAAACUUACGCUGCGGAAAACAAUAUUUCAGUUUAGGAUAAUCAUUAAUCAUUAUCAUUCAUCAUUAAUCAUUAAUUAUGGCCUAUAUAUUUAAUCCUGAAUUAUCACAAUUAACUUUUGAGUGCUUCUGAAAUCUUUUUCUUCCCAUGUAAGGAGAAACCGUUCGUAACGCCAAGAGAGAGCCUCCCUUUUCCUUCCCCAAACCGCCUUCCCACCGUACUGCCGCCCGCCGGAGCUCCUCCCUAUCCCUCUAUAUAUAUAAUAAAUAUACACAUCUUUAUCUUUAUAUUAUUAUUAUGUAUAUAUACAUUUCUUAUUUAUUUUUAUAACAUUAUUUGUUAAUAUUCUUUGUAUUAUUACUACUGUUAAUCGUUAUUCAAGAUGGCGUUUGGAUUGCUCAUUCUCCGCUUCUGACAUCUGCUUCACCUCCUCCACUCCCCCCCUUCCUGGCCGGACAUAUUGUUUAAUCGAUGUGUUAGGGUGUGAUGAGAGAUAUUGUUGGAGAGGGAAGAACUGGGAGCCUUGAGAAUAACUCUGGCAUAAUUGUGGUCGCCAUUGUUGUGUCAAACCGAGCAAGAUGGAAGAUAACCGAAAAGGAAAGGUAACAGGGAUCAGGCAGAUUGUGAGGCUGAAGGGGUUUCUGCAGAAAUGGCAGAACGUGACACUGGGGCCCAAGAGGAGCAAUAACCGCAACCGCCACCCAUCAUCGCCGUCGCCCUCGCCCUCGCCGUCGACGUCAUCCCCUACAAAGGCGCUGCUUCCGAAUGCGCGUCAUCCGGGCGGCGACGCGGCGUCGUCGACGUCGCCGGCGCCCGGAGGAAUUUCGCCGGCGAUAAGCAAGAGGCUGAUGAGCUACAACUCCUACUGCGAUUCCGACGAAGAUGGUUGGCAGAGCCCCGAGCCGCCGUGCGGCGUCCCACGCGGCUACUUGGCGGUUUACGUCGGGCCGGAGCUUCGGAGGUUCAUCAUUCCGACCACCUACCUCGGCGAUCCGCUGUUCAAAGUGCUGCUGGAGAAGGUCGAGGAAGAAUUUGGGUUUGAUCACAGUGGUGCGCUCACCAUUCCUUGCGAAACCGAGACCUUCAAGUAUCUCCUAAAAUGCAUGGAGAACCACCAGAGAGAACAACACACCUCUGCAGCUGGAACUUCAUAUGCCAUGGAGGAGUGAGUUGUGGCUUAAGGCUAAUUAGCAAUGGUCGACUAUUUAGACCCGAUAUGAUGAUACUUUUCUUUCGUUUUUUUAUGUUUCUUUUGGGGUUUAUGGGGGUAAAGCAAAGGUUUUUCUUGUAUUUUUGUAUGCAGAAUUCAAGUUUUACAUUGUUAUUAUAUACAUCUCCUCAUUAAUUUUAUGCUUCAAAAAAACCCAAGGGUUAAUUCUUCAAGAUUUCUCGCUUGAGUAAAGUCUUUUAGUUAAAAUGAUGAAAAUAUAGGGAUGUAUCUUUUAAUUUUUUGGACGAUUCCUGAGGACACACAAAUAUAAUACCUUAUGAAGGAUGAAGGAGGUGUGAUGAAGUGUUAGUUGAUAGUAUUAGUUGAUUGUAAAAAAAAAAAUGU